GUUAUUUUGCAUGCACUGCGGAUAGAAACAAAUGCUUUGCUUUCUCUCAUUUGGAUGAGGACCACACCAAGGACUUUUCUGGACCAGGCAAAACUCAGAUUCCGCUCAUCAAUUGAAACCGACCAUAACUGCAUACCAAUUUACUAAUGACAAUGACGGAUUUUCACCGAUCGACGCAUUUAUUGGGAUAGUGAGGGAAUGCGAGCAUCAGUAGAUUUGGGUUGUAAUUGUCCUACACAUUGCGAUAUAAAUUAGAGUUGAGCCGACUGUGGCGUCUAGCCAUAUCAUUAUGUCAGGCAUAUCAAUCUUAGCAUUUGUGAUGAUAUCUAUGCUAUCGUAUGGAUAUUAUGUCGUAGCAAGUGUCGAGCCUGCGAGGUAUGAGUGGGAUUUUGAGUCCGUAAAUCUGAAUGUGGACCUCUCUCGAAUACUCAAGAAAGUGAAUGGCCGUUUUUUGUCUGUUGCCAUAGACGCGAGUCUAGUCGCUGAAGAGAAGUUCAUGUACCUUUUAACGUCUCCAAAGCUGAGGACAUUGGCAAAAGCUUUGAGCCCAGCAUUUCUGAGAUUUGGAGGGACAAGACAAGAUUUCAUGACCUUCAACCCAACAUUUUUACAUUCAAACGAGAAUCACAAGAACUCUGUGUUUGAUGCAGAUGACAUAUGUGAAAGGCUGGAGCUGCCUCCACUACUGGAAAAGAGGCUGAAGCAGGAAUGGACUCUACAGGAAGUACUUCUCGACAAGGAGGACUUGCAGAGGAAGUAUAGGAGUGUGAAGUUCACAGAGUGUGCAGUGGAUCUGCUCUACUCUUUUACAAACUGCUCUGGAUUAGACCUCAUCUUUGGGCUCAACGAGCUGCUCAGGACCUCUGGGAACUCCUGGGACAGCAGCAAUGCCAGGACCCUCCUACAGUACUGUGAAUCUAAACAGUACAGCAUGUCCUGGGAGCUGGGCAAUGAGCCCAACAGCUAUGAGAAGAAGGCAGGGAUCAGGGUGGAUGGAUACCAGCUCGGCCAAGAUUUUGUUCAACUCCGCAAGAUUCUGCAGGAAUCCAAACUUUACAAUAACACUGGACUCUAUGGACCAGACAUUAGCCAGCCCCGGGACCACCGGAAAGACUUACUGGAGGGGUUCUUGGAGAGUGGGGCAGAAGCAAUUGAUGCAUGCACCUGGCACCAUUAUUAUGUCAAUGGAAGAGACACGUCUCUAGAAGAUUUCCUAGACCCUGAGGUGCUAAACACGUUGGCCUUAAAAACACAGGAAGUCAUGGAGACCAUUGAGCUGACCUCUCCUGGGAAGAAGGUGUGGCUUGGAGAGACUAGUUCUGCCUAUGGAGGCGGGGCUAAGGGCCUGUCUGACACGUUUGUCGCUGGAUUCAUGUGGCUGGAUAAACUGGGACUGGGUGCGAAGCUUGGAUUGGAUGUUCUCAUCAGACAGGUUUUGAUUGGAUCUGGGACUUACCACCUGGUAGAUGAGAACCUGGAUCCACUUCCUGAUUACUGGCUAUCAGUUCUGUACAAGAGGCUUGUUGGACCAGAGGUGCUGAGUAUAGAAGCCUUUUCCAUUUUGGGAAAGACGAAAAGAGUACGGGUCUACCUGCACUGCACUAACAAGAAAAGCACAAGCUACAAAAGUGGAGCAGUCACAUUGUUUGCUCUGAACCUGAGUAAGGGCCCUGCGAGGAUCUCUGUGCCUGUUACAAUCUCUAACAGUACCGCCGAGGCCUUCGUUCUACAGUCUGAACAGCCUGGCGAGGAGGGACUCUACUCCAAGUCUGUGAAACUCAACGGAGAGGUGUUGAAGAUGGUGGAUGAAAGAACACUUCCAUCGCUCCAGGGAACUCCUCUUCCUGCAGGAGAAUAUCUCAGACUCCCUGGUUAUUCCUUUGCCUUCUAUGUCCUCAGCGAGGCCCAGGCGCUGGCCUGCCGAUGACCCCAAUUGGAGAGGAGGACUUGAGAAGAUGGAGGUAAACUCACUGUCUAAACUAAGAGAAGGAAAUACUGUACUUGACUAUUGCACUAAACACAGCUGUAUGACUUUGCCAAAGAAUGUAAACCAAGUGAAUGUGGUGAAAGGAUUCGAUCAUCUUUCGAAAUAACUUUUCAUCUACAUGUAUUACAUUUUUGUAUAUUUAUCAACAUGUAUAAAUAGUCUUAAUACAUUGUGAGUAGGGUUUUAAAAUUUCAGAGAACUCAUGUGGUUUCAGUCUAUGUCUUGGAAGAAAUUGCUGUUCAGGAAACACUUAAUUUAUGUACAACAAGUAUUGCAUUUAUGUUUCAUAUUUGAUGGCAAAAAAUGUAGACUUAACUCAACUUGUUUACGCUCUGGUUACUUGAUUUUCUACUCGGUAAUGUAGUUGAAUUGUGCAAUUUUCUAUUUUGGUACACUGGGAUACAAGUCUUUUAAACUUUUUGUGUGUGAUAUAUUUGUACAACAUAAUUUGGAUGAGAAAAUAAAUGCAGUAAUGAAUUCAAA